ACCAUUUAAUAGCUGAAGCUCACUUUUUAGAUAAAUUGUAAGCUGAAACUAUUCUUAGAAUUUUUCGGUAUUGCACACAAUGUGGAUAUGAAAUUAGCUUAAAUGAACUGGGAUUCAUAUAGCCGAUCCCAACUUGUUUGGGAUUAAGGCGUGGUCGUUGUUUCUGGCAAUGCACAACCCAAAAAAUCUUUCUUUCAAUUCUGCUGCUGCUGCUUCUUCUGAGUAAUUACAAAUAUCGUGAGUCAAUGUCAUUAUUUGUCAACUUGUGGAAUCAUGUAGAAUUGGAGCAAGUUUAGAGUCAAUAUAUCACUACCAUGGAAGUAAAGACGAAGCUUAAAGUUGUGAAAAUGUGAGAUUCUAUUUGAGAGUCAUCGCGUCGACGAACUACUAGACAUGCCGGUCCAGAAUAAAACUGCUAGUUGAAUAAAUUGAUAGCUGUCAUCAGUUCACACUUUAAUUUACUACAGUUCACACUUAAAUUGACAAAAAAAAUCUUGUGGCUAUUCUCUCACCAAGAUGAGAGCAGGACCACACAUUUUAUGAUAAAAUUCUUAAUAAGUUAUACACUGAAAGGUCCUAAAAGUUUGCUAUUUAUGGUCAUUGAGCAAUCAUUAACAAUGCAGCUACUAUUAGACUUAUUCGAGUCUAUAUUUUGAUUGGAAAGAGGCUCUAUUAUGGAAGUUCUUUGGUUUAUUUCCUAUUGUGCUUUUUUACUCUGUUUAAUGGGGAGAACAUGUGCAGUAUCCCAUAGCAUCAGUCCAUCUCAAUCUAUAAGUGAUGGUGAGAGCUUAGUUUCUGAAGGGGGAACUUUUGAACUUGGUUUCUUUAGUCCAGGCAGUUCAACACACCGGUACUUGGGAAUUUGGUAUAAGAAUGUCCCUGUCAGAACAGUCGUUUGGGUUGCAAACAGGAAAACUCCAAUUAAAGAUCGUACUGGAGCAUUCACCAUAAACAGCACAGGCAAUAUUGUGGUCACGAGUAGGACUAGUGGUGUUAUUUGGUCAACAAAUUCAUAUAAGACCACUAAAGCAUCUGCUUUACAGCUUUUAGAUUCAGGGAAUCUUAUCUUAAGGGACGAGAAGGGAAUCUAUAUGUGGCAAAGCUUUGAUUACCCUUCGGAUACACUAUUACCUGGAAUGAAGCUCGGAUGGGAUUUACGAACGCGUCUUAAUAGGCAGCUCUCCUCCUGGAGGAACUCAGAUGACCCUUCCCCUGGAGAACUAAGUAACGGGAUAGAGCUUCAUGAAUUUCCCGAGGCAGUUGUGUGGAAGGGCUCCAAGAAAUACUUCCGCGGUGGUCCAUGGAAUGGAGAGCGGUUUAGUGGCGCUCCUGAUUUAAGGGUGAAUCCGGUAUAUGAUUACAGCUUCAUCUCUAACAAAGAUGAAGUGUACUACACCUAUCAGCUCAAGAACAAGUCCGUCUUUUCAAGGUUGAUCUUGAACGAUACGACCUCUUCUCGGCAACGGUAUGUGUGGGCGGAAGCUAGUCGAGCCUGGAAGCUUUAUUCGUCAGUGCCAUAUGAUCAUUGUGAUGCUUAUGGUCUUUGUGGUGCAAACGCAAUUUGCAUAACCACCAACUCGCCUAUGUGUCAGUGCUUGGAAGGUUUUAAACCAAAAUCACCAGAUAACUGGAACUCAAUGGACUGGUCGGAGGGAUGCAUUCUUAGCAAGAAAUUUAGCUGUGAGAGUAAGGAAGUUUUUGUCAAAUUUUCUGAGCUGAAACUACCAGAUACUACCAAAUCUUGGGUAAGUGGUACUAUGAAUCUUCAAGAGUGCAGGGAAGCAUGCUUGAAAAAUUGUUCAUGCAUGGCUUACUCGAAUUUAGAUAUUAGAGGACAAGGAAGUGGAUGUGCCCUUUGGUUCCACGAUCUGAUUGAUAUUAAGCAGGUUCCAAAUGGUGGCCAAGAACUUUAUAUACGAAUUGAGGCUUCAAAACAAGCUGGAAGGCAUGUGGUUAAUGCAGUCUUGAUUAGUCUAAUCACCGGGGCUGUGGUUUUUGGGUUGGUUCUCUUCUGCUACUAUCUUUCUCGGAGGAAGUCAAAGGUUAAAGGAAUAGUACUCGGACAAGAUAACUCGACCAGUGAAGGCCCAAAAGAAGACAUGGAGCUACCGUUUUUUGACUUGGAAACAAUUGUUAAUGCUACUGAUAACUUUUCAUUUAACAACAAGCUUGGUGAAGGAGGGUUUGGACCUGUUUACAAGGGAACACUAGUAGAUGGACGGGAAAUCGCUGUGAAGAGGCUUUCCAAGAGUUCUGGACAAGGAUUAAAUGAAUUCAAAAAUGAAGUAAAGCUGAUAGCAAAACUCCAGCACCGAAAUCUUGUAAAGCUCGUUGGAAGUUGUAUUGAUGGUGAAGAGAAGACGUUGAUCUAUGAAUACAUGGCUAACGGAAGCUUGGACUCUUUUGUUUUUGAUCAAACAAGGCGGGAACAAUUGGGCUGGUCAAAAUUCUUUCAGAUUAUCAGUGGAAUUGCACGUGGUCUUCUCUACCUUCACCAGGAUUCAAGAUUGAGAAUUAUUCACAGAGAUCUCAAAGCAAGUAAUGUGUUGCUUGAUGGUGAGCUGAAUCCGAAGAUUUCAGACUUUGGUUUGGCAAGGACCAUUCAAGGAGAUCAGUGCGGAGACAACACAGAGAGGGUUGUUGGAACUUUUGGCUAUAUGGCUCCAGAAUAUGCGCUCUAUGGUCUAUUUUCAGUAAAAUCUGAUGUCUUCAGUUUUGGUUUGCUAUUGUUGGAGGUAGUAAGCGGAAAGAGGAAUCGAUGCUUCCGUAAUUCACAUGAUCAUCACGGUCUUAUAGGAUACGCAUGGAGAAUGUGGACGGAAGGGACACCCCUCAAAUUAGUUGAUUUCUCAUUUGAGGAUAUGUCGGAGAUAUUGAGGUGCAUUCAUGUAAGUCUAUUAUGUGUCCAGCAGAAUCCAGAUGACAGACCAAAUAUGUUAUCUGUGGUUCUGAUGUUGAAUGGAGAGAGUACACUAGCACAGCCGAAAGAACCCGAUUUUCUGAGAGAUGUGAUACCAAGUGAAAUUACUUUUAUCAGGUCUGAUUAUGACUCUUGCACUGCAAAUGAAAUUACAUUUUCCUCGUUCGGGGCUCGUUAAAGAACUUCUAACGCUAUUAAAACUUGAUUUUUUCGCUUUUA